AUGUCCUCCACAAAUGAGCAAGCAGCUAAAAAGCUACAUCAGGCUAUGAUAGAGGAACCUGAAAAUACACUUUUCACAGAACCAGAACUUAGGAAGAUAGCUGAGGUUGAAAGUGCUGCAGAUUUGAUGGUUAUAGUUCAAGUAUUAUUAAAUCAAAGUCUCGUGAAAUUAGUGAAGCAAAAUGGUGAAUUAAGAUUCCAAGCUGUGGAGAUCCAAGAAGCAGCUAAAAGAGCAAAUAUGACAUCUGAUGAAUCAAUCAUAUAUUCAUAUAUUGAAGCAUCAGGAAGAGAAGGUAUUUGGACCAAGACUAUAAAGGCUCGUACAAAUUUACAUCAGCAUGUUGUUCUCAGAUGUUUGAAGUCACUAGAAGGUCAAAGAUUCAUUAAAAGUGUUAAAUCAGUCAAAUUUCCAACUAGAAAGAUAUAUAUGUUAUACCAUUUAACACCAUCAAUUGAGGUUACCGGUGGGCCAUGGUUCACGGAUGGGGAAUUAGAUUCAGAAUUUGUUGACAGUCUACUAACAAUUGUUUGGAGAUUUGUUACAAACAAGACAUUUCCAAAUAUUUUCAACGAUGAUGCAAAUUUGAAAAAAAACCAACUGUAUGCAGCAAAUUAUAAAAAUUACUCGACUUUGGAAGAAAUUUUAGAGUUCAUCACUAGAAGUCAGGUCACCUCAGAAGAAUUAAUUGAAAACGAUAUUAGAUCGCUUUGUCAGGUUCUAGUUUAUGACGAUAAACUGGAGAAGCUCAAUUUAGAUUGUUAUAGAUCAACAUACCAAAGUGUUGUUGACUUAAAAGAGGAAAGAUUAGAUGAAGGGUUUUCAAUUUUUGAUGCAGCUAGUUAUACUGCUCCAUCUCAGGAAGAAGAUACAGAGAAUGUAUACUUUGAUGAAUAUGUGCUAUGA